AUCCGUUUCAUUUCUGUCCAUAUCCUCAGCUCCGACACUUUGAUGCCUGCAUAGGCCGGCCUUCUCAACACACUGAAAUCCAUUCAGUAGUGUUUUGUGUCGUUGCACCGCAAGAUCCUUAUUAUUUGGCUUGACGAUAGCAGCUAUGCGCGGUAUCCCAGUCUUUGUUGCCAUUUUGAUUGGCCUGGCUUGUUCUUUCGUGCAAUCGCUGGGCCUUACUAUUCAGCGUAAAUCUCACAUUCAGGAAGAUCUUUUACCCUUGCCUGCUCGUCGACCAGCAAUACGGCGCCCGCUAUGGCUUAUCGGCUUCAUCAUAUAUAUGACUUCCAAUGUCUUUGCCACGCUCUUCCAGCUGGACGCGCUACCCAUUGUUAUCCUGGCACCCUUGGGGGCCAUCUCGCUGGUCUUCAAUGCCCUAUUUGCCCAUGUGCUUUUGGGCGACAAGUUUGGUAUGAGUUGGGUGGUCGGCACAGCGUUAGUAGCUGGGGGGGCGGUUAUGAUUGCUGUAUUUGGCGUAGUUCCUGAUGAGGAACACGGCCUGGACGAGCUACUGUUACUGCUCAAAAGAGGCCCAUUUGUAGCUUUCUUUACAAUCGUUUUGAUUGCGGUCGCAGCGGUCUUGGCAGCGGCCCACAUUGCAAGCUGGCACGUCUACCGGCAUCAGUCGAACCAGAUCUCCUUGUCCGGUGCAUCAAGUCCUGUCUCCGUACCAAGCAAUUACGCUUCUCCCCGCUCGACUAUUGCUAUUCCUUUCCGCUCCACAAACCCUCGACAUCGAUCAACUUCCAACUCUGAUGACCAUGAAGAUGAAUACGCGAAGCCUAACCCUCGCCUUACUUUGAAAAGCCCGUCUGUGCAGAAACCCCUUUCACUUUCUAUUUCACCUCGCAUUCAAGAGGUGUCGCCCAAAUCCACCGCCGAAUCUUCCCUCACUCACACCCUUACCCUCUGCGGCCUUGCUUUUGCCGCUGCGGCAGGUACACUCUCCGGAUUAUGCCUUGUUCUGGCGAAGGCAACAGUUGAACUAUUCAUGAAAACCGUCGAUCAUUGGCGAACAGGCGUCGGUCGUAAUGAAUUUGCAAGACCUCAAACAUGGGCCCUGAUGUUGGGGAUGAGCGUCAUUGCCGUCGCGCAGAUCUGGUAUCUGCAUCACAGCUUGAAAUUUACAGGGCCGGCGUUAGUGUGUCCGUUGGCAUUCUGUUUCUUCAAUUUAUCCUCGAUUUUUGAUGGACUGAUCUUUUAUAACCAAUUCGGGCAACUCGCAACUUAUCAAAUUCUUCUUGUCUCUUUUGGCACUGCCAUUCUUCUGCUCGGUGUAUGGAUUGUCUCGGCUAUUCAACCUGAAGGCAGUGUAGAAGUGGGUACAUGGGCUGAGGAAGACGUGAUGUCGGAUAGCACUUCCAUCUCGUCACAUGAGAGCAGAGACGAAGUGGAAGCUGGGGAAGGAGCGACUUUGCUGGGCCGAGGGACUACAGAAGAACCAGAAGACGAUGAAAGUCUCUGGCCGCUUCCCCAUCAUGACAUAGGGACUGUCUCUGUACCCCCCACACCAACUGGGCACUAUCAACCAGUCUUUGCUCCAUCGCCAUCUUCUCCUCACUCGCCCAUGUCUCCUCGUUCCUUCCAUACCCAUUCUCAUUCACUUUCACAUGCUCAUCAUCACCACCAUAGAGGCCCCAGAUAUGGGUCUCUUCUCCCCGACAUUGGUCCUCAUGCUGCGCCCAUGGGCUUCUCCAUUGGCUUAGGAGCGGCGAGUCCAGGAUUCGCCUUGCGAUCGGGAAGUAUGAGUGAGCAUCAUCAUGGGGAAAGGGAAAGAAAUCGAAGAAGCCGAAGUGACGGGCCUCUCGGUCUCGGAGCGAUCAUACGUGGGGAGGAUAAUAGCUCUUUGCAGACCGAUGUGGAAGAAGGUCGUGGCGAGAACGCAACAGAAGUUGCUUUGAGAGAUUGGGACGUCGGUGAGAGAAGAAGGAACAACUGGUGGGAUGUGAGACGCUUCUUUGAGAGUCAAGGGAAUAUUCGUUUGACAAAAUAGAAAAUUUAAAGUGUACUAUUAUUAUUAUCAUUACAUGUAGUUGUUUCCUAUCCAUGCAAACAGUAGCUACG